AUGCACUUCUUCUCCGGCAGCGGCGGGGGCCGCUCCGGCGCGCUACUCCCCACCACCUCCAAGCCGAAGGCGCACCACCACCUCCGUUCCAAGUCCUCCCUCUCCGCUCCCGCUUCCUCCCGCCGCCGCGGGGGCGGCCUCCACUCCGCGUCCUCCCCCUACUCCCGCCGCGCCCUCUGCCUCGCCGCGACCGCCUUCGCGGCGCUCUUCAUGCUCGCCUUCCUCCGCCUCGGCUUCCCCUCGUCCCGCUCCGCCGCGCUGUCUUCCCCCGCCCGCCCCCGCGGCGCGCGCCUCACCCGCAGGCCCGCCUUCCGCCUCCGGGACUCGGCCGCGGCCGAGGCCGCGGCGGCCGCCGUGGCGGCCCGGAUCGGGCGCGAGGCGCCCGUGGAUAUCACGACGAGGGACCUCUACGACCGGAUCGAGUUCAGCGACGUCGACGGCGGCGCGUGGAAGCAGGGGUGGGAGGUCAAGUACAGGGGCGACGAGUGGGACGCCGAGAAGCUCAAGGUCUUCGUCGCGCCGCACUCGCACAACGACCCAGGCUGGAUCCGCACCGUCGAGGAGUACUACGAGCGCCAGUCGCGCCACAUCCUCGACACCAUCGUCGAGUCCCUCUCCAAGGAUUCGCGGAGGAAGUUCAUAUGGGAGGAGAUGUCGUACCUGGAGAGGUGGUGGCGCGACGCGCCGCCCAAGAAGCAAGAGGCAUUCGCUAAGCUUGUCCGUGACGGGCAGCUCGAAAUCGUGAGCGGCGGAUGGGUCAUGAAUGACGAGGCAAACUCCCACUACUUUGCCAUCAUAGAACAGAUGAUGGAGGGGAACAUGUGGCUCAAUGAUACUAUUGGAGUUAUUCCUAAGAAUUCUUGGUCAAUUGAUCCAUUUGGUUAUUCAUCUACAAUGGCAUAUUUGCUUAGGAGAAUGGGUUUCCAUAACAUGUUAAUCCAGAGAACACACUAUGAGGUGAAAAAGGAGCUUGCAAUGAAAAAAAAUCUUGAAUAUUUGUGGAGGCAGAACUGGGAUAUUGAAGAAACAACUGACAUAUUUGUUCACAUGAUGCCCUUCUAUUCUUAUGAUAUUCCACACACGUGUGGACCAGAACCAGCUGUCUGCUGCCAGUUUGACUUCGCUCGAAUGCGUGGUUUCAGUUAUGAAUCCUGCCCAUGGAGAUUUGAUCCUGUUGAGACAAAUUCUGACAAUGUGCAAGAGAGGGCAACAAAGCUUCUAGACCAGUACAGGAAAAAAUCAACCCUGUACAGAACGAAUACACUUCUCAUUCCUUUGGGUGAUGAUUUCCGAUAUGUUAGUAUGGAGGAAGCAGAAGUACAAUUCCGCAAUUACGAGAAACUCUUUGAUUACAUAAACUCAAAUCCGCAUCUUAACGCUGAAGUCAAAUUUGGUACCCUGGAGGAUUACUUCUCCACAUUGAGAGAUGAAGCUGAAAAGAUAAACUAUACACGGCCAGGUGAAUUGGGUUCUGCUGAGCUGCAAGGUUUUCCAACACUUUCAGGGGAUUUCUUUACAUAUGCUGAUAGAAAUCAGGACUACUGGAGUGGCUACUAUGUGUCAAGGCCAUUCUUCAAAGCUGUUGACCGUGUACUAGAACAGACGCUCCGUGCCUCAGAGAUUCUGGUUUCAUUUGUUCUAGGAUACUGUCAGAAGUUUCAGUGUGCAAAGCUCCCCAUCAGCUUCUCACACAAACUGACAGCAGCAAGGAGGAAUUUGGCGCUUUUUCAGCAUCAUGAUGGGGUAACUGGCACAGCUAAAGAUCAUGUUGUGGUGGACUAUGGGACUCGAAUGCACACUUCACUGCAAGAUCUACAGUUAUUUAUGUCCAGGGCAGUUGAAGUGCUUUUAGGAGAUUUCCAUGAUAGAUCUGACCCAACAUUGUUAUCACAUUUUGAGCCUGUGCAGGAACGGUCAAAGUAUGAUGUUCACCCGGUGCAUAGGGCUCUUCACCCUCAUGAUGGUAAGGCACAGUCAGUUGUCUUUUUUAACCCAUUAGAACAGACAAGGGAUGAGGUUGUUAUGGUUGUUGUAAGUACUCCAGAUGUUUCUGUUCUCAAUUCAAAUGGGUCCUGUUUGCCAAGUCAAGUUUCCCCUGAGUGGCAGUUUGUCAGCGAUGAAAAGAUUUCGACUGGUCGGCACCGCCUUUAUUGGAGAGCUUCUGUUCCUCCACUAGGUUUGGAGACCUACUAUGUAGUUACUGGGCAGGAUUGUGAAAAAGCUAUUCCUGCUGUAGUAAAAACAUACCAGGAAUUUCCUUGCCCUGAACCAUAUCAUUGUUCAAAGCUGGAAGGCAAAUCAGUGGAGAUGAAAAAUUCCAAUUACACUCUUUCUUUUGAUACAAGCCAUGGUCUCCUUCAGACAGUAACCCGUCACAAGGAUGGGGAACAAACUGUGAUAGGUGAAGAAAUUGGCAUGUAUAGAAGCCAUGGAAGCGGGGCAUACUUGUUCAAACCAAUUGGGGAAGCUCGUUCAAUUGUCGAGGAAGGAGGACAUUUCAUCCUUACUGAAGGACCAUUGGUUCAAGAAGCCCAUUCUCUUCCAAAGACAGAGUGGCAUAAGUCACCUCUCUCACAUAGUACACGUAUGUACAAUUGUGGAGACUCUAUACAGGACAUGCUGAUCGAGAAGGAAUACCAUGUUGAGCUUGUUGGCCAUGUUUUUAAUGAUAAGGAACUGAUUGUCAGAUACAAGACAGAUAUUGACAACCAAAGGAUCUUCUAUUCUGAUCUAAAUGGGUUUCAGAUGAGUAGGAGGCAGACAUAUGAUAAGAUUCCUCUACAGGGAAAUUAUUACCCAAUGCCAUCACUUGCCUUCUUGCAGGAUUCACAUGGUAAUCGGUUUUCUGUACACUCCAAGCAGUCAUUGGGCGCAGCAAGCUUGAAAAAUGGAUGGCUGGAGAUUAUGUUGGAUCGUAGGUUGGUUCAGGAUGAUGGCCGUGGUCUGGGGCAGGGAGUAAUGGACAAUCGGCCCAUGAAUGUUAUAUUUCAUCUCCUCAGGGAGUCCAAUGUCUCAGCUUUGCCUAAAACCCACAGUUUGCUUACUCUUCAACCUUCUCUCCUCUCGCACCGUGUUGGGGCGCACCUGAACUACCCAAUGCAUGCUUUUAUGAGCAAAAAACCUCAUGAAAAAUCCUUCAAGCUGGCUCAACAGUCAUUUGCUCCAUUAACUGCUUCUUUGCCUUGCGAUGUACAUAUUGUGAACAUGAAGGUCCCUCAGCCCCUAAGAUUUCCUCACACUGAAGCAGCAGAACCAAGAUUUGCUGUUCUGUUGCAGAGGAGAGGCUGGGACGCAUCAUACUGCAAAAGGGGUGGACUGCAGUGUACAACAGUUGGCGAAGAGCCAGUAAAUCUGUUCUACAUGUUCAAAGAUUUGUCAGCUAUGAAUGUGAAGGCGACUUCGCUGAACCUCUUACAUGAUGACCCUGAAAUGCUAGGUUACCUUGAGCAGAUCGGUGAUGUUGCUCUGGAGGGAAACAUUCUUAUCUCACCAAUGGAGAUUCAGGCAUACAAGUUAGACCUACAGCCACCAUCAUCGCAGGAAGAGUAG